AUGCGCCGUGUGGGGUUCUAUCUGAGCGACAAGAAGCGGCGGAAGAUGAACCUGGACUCGUUUUCUCAGUUCUGUGAGGGCCAUGGCAUACAAGUCAUUGAGAUAGACCUGAGUCAGGCUCUGGAGCCUCAGGGGCCGUUCGACAUCAUUAUUCACAAACUGUCUGAUGUUGUAGUGGAGGCCGAACAUGACAGCCAGUCUCAACAGCUCCUCCACCGUUUCCAGAGAGGAGGCCUGUCUCACAUCUUCAGGAAGAUUGUUCCAGAUUUUAGCAGCAUGAAUCUGAAAAGCAGCCUCCCCAUGUUUAGUUCUGACUCUGGGCACUAA